UGCAAUUUUUUUGUCCUCUAGUUUGCUUUAAAACUUUUUGGUUAUAUACGCUAUGUAUGUUGCAUGAAAAAGACAAUGUUGGUUUGCUAAACAGAAUUUGGAAUCAGUUGGUCUGCAAACGUGGUGGCGAGCACACAGCAGAGACUAUUGAAUCGUAUAGCCUACCCAAUUAAGUUUUAUCGUUAUGAAUUUUGGUCAAGAUUCCAUGUCGUCUUAUUUGAAUCGACGUUGUCUCAUGUUUUGGAGGCUUUUUCGAUUCAACCACACCUUGACCCAAAACCUGAUCAUGUUCGGGAGUCUGGGACUACUCUUUUGUUUCUAUUAUUGUGGGGGACAUCAAAAGUUAAUAGAAUCAGCAAAAUGUCGAUGCCAAAAAGUAAAUGCCGGUGAUAAUUGGACCAUGCAUAAGUCUGGUGCUAAGAACCAGCAAAAAUUAGAUACAAGGAAAACUAGUCCUACUACAACAACAGAAGAUUCAUCGACAUUAUCGUUUAAAUCAACUUGCAGUGCUGCCGCCGAUCGCAGAGGCCCAAACCAAAAAGUCAUCGGCUAUUCCAUGUAUGGCAAUUUCUCAGAUCCAACAUUUUACAACUCGUACCUGAAAUGGUUUGGCGAAACUCUCCGGACAAUCCCAAUCAAAUAUCCAGGGUGGGUGGUGAGGAUUUAUCAUGAGCUGAAGAGCGACAAUGUCGAAAGUUGGCGAGUGCUCAACAACGUCCUCGAUUCGGGAACCAAGAACAGUCGUGACCACAUUGAUCUCUGCAAUGCGACCCAAGUCAUCAGGAAUCGACUGCUGGGAAACAUUUUUGAGAUGACUUGGCGUUGGUUACCUUUAUUGGAUGACAUGGUGGACACGUUUAUGUCGAGGGACUCGGACAGUUUGAUAAUUACUCGUGAACAAGAUGCCGUGGCUGAGUGGCUGGCCAGCAACAAAACCUUUCACAUUAUGAGAGACCAUCCGUAUCAUAACAUAUUUUUCCUUGGAGGUCUCUGGGGAACCAAAAUCAGCCAAGAACGCGCUGCAAUUUUGUCUACGGCAGAAAAGAUGUUCCACAGAAAUCACUUGCACAAAAAAGGAUACGACCAAGAAUUGCUGAUUAAUUACUUUCAACCGAUGGCUGUCAAAAGCAUGGUUGCACACGACAGUUACCACUGUGGAAAAUUCCGGGGCAGUCAGCCGUUCCCGAAUCCGAGACAAAACGGUUGGUUUGUCGGCUCGUCGCAGUACAAAUUGCAAACUAUUAAUAUUUCGUGCCCUGAAAAUUGUCAACCGCACAACUUGACCGGGGCAUUUAAAUUAGCCGAUUGGAGAUUGUGCUGAGGAAUUUUUUUAAUAUUUUCCGUUUGACAAUGUAGUCUAUAAUAAACAAACAAGAUUGACGCGAUACGAAACAUUUGUUGAUACAGUUGAUUUCUUUCACGUUUUCACAUAUGCCUUCUUCAGUUAUAAAUGACAAAGAUGACAUAGAUUAUUACUAAACUAUACGGCAACUGUUGAUCGGGA